AUGGGAAAUUUGUUGGCCAGCUGGCGUUUCAAGGAGCCGAGCACCGUUGAGGAAUGCGACUCGACGUGGGGGUCGGACUCGGAGAGCGACGAGCCGGCGGGUGAAGAUGACAGCGGCAUCUCCGAGACCGUCAGCCCGGCGGAGAGCGACCGGGCCGCGGGAGUUCCCGGAGACACGUCCCCGCAGCUGACUGACUCUCCGGAAUCUGUUCCGAAGAUGAAGAGGAGUUUCUACGCUGCCAGGGACCUCUACAAAUACCGACACAGUUAUCCGAACUUCAGAAAGUCCCGGGAACCCAAUGAGUACCGUAAUCUGCGCUUCUACAUAAACAAGAUUCCUCUAGUGCCUGACGGUAUCUAUAUCGAGGAGAUUCUCACAAAGUGGAGAGGCGACUAUGACAAACUGGAGCACAAUCACACCUACAUUCAGUGGCUGUUCCCAUUAAGAGAACAAGGGCUCAACUUCUACGCACAUGAACUGACUCAGGACGAGAUCAAAGAAUUCCAAAGCACUCGGGAAGCCAAGCGGAGAUUCCUGGCAGCCUAUUCCCUGAUGUUGGACUUCUACGGCCUCAAGCUGCUGGAUAAGAGCGGGAAUGUUGCUCGGGCUUCCAACUGGCAGGAGCGCUUCCAGCACCUUAAUGAGUCCCAGCACAACUAUCUGCGGAUCACUCGCAUCCUGAAGUCCCUGGGCGAGCUCGGCUACGAAGCCUUCAAAGCCCCGCUGGUUCGCCUGUUCCUAGAAGAGUCACUUUGCCACAACACCAUUCCCAACAUGCAGCACAGUGUCUUGGAGUACUACGUCUACACCAUCCGCCUGCCAGCAACCCGCAGGCGCCUGCUACGCUAUGCCCGCCAGCACUACAAGCCUGCCCACGCCUUCCUCUGGGGUCCAACACCGAAGAGACGGGGUGGUGCUGGUACUGGAGGUAGCGUGGGUGCUGGAAGUAGUGGAAUCAGAGCGCCUGCUCCAACACCAGAACAACUGAGAAGGGGGGAGGAAAGCACCACCUCCACCUCUGCAAGUAGUGGGAUUUUUGUGUCUUCCCAUGAUGGUGUGGUAUUGCAGGACCUGGCUGGAGGAGGACUGCAGGUAUGCACAGGACUGGGCUCCAACAUGGCUAGACUGGAGGGAACGUUGAUGAUGGUGGGAGCUAGAGGAGACAGGAAUGAGUAUAAUUAG